UUUUCUUGCUCCUCUUUCGCUCUGUUUGAUAGCUGAGAAACUGUAAUGAGAACAUGAAAACUGUUGAAAAUGAGGUUUCUGAACCUAAUCUGAACGGAAAAAGUGGUACAAGAAGCUCCGGUUUUCUAUUUUGAUCUGUUGAUCUACGUUUUCCAGCCAAUUCGCCUUUUUUCUUCACUUUUGGAAUUCGUUGCCUGAAUUCUUUUUGUCAGUCUGGUGGUUUUCCUUUAUAAGUCUAUAAGCAUGGUUGUCUAGGCUUCCAGAUUGAUUAUUCCUUGUAUAAUGCCGAUAAAUUGAACGGCUAAUGAGUAAAAAGUACACCUUUGAAUGCGAUAUCGACGGGAGAUCCGUGAAGAUGUACACCUCAAGGAAGAAAAUCCAUAAAGAUAAGGAAGCUGAACCGACUGAAUUUGAGGAGUCUGUUGCUCAGGCCUUCUUUGAUUUGGAGAACACUAACACAGAGCUGAAAAGUGACUUGAAGGAUCUAUUUAUAAAUUCGGCAGCUCAAGUUGAUGUUUCUGGAAACCGGAAGGCUGUUGUUAUCCAUGUACCUUACAGGCUGAGAAAAGCCUUCAGGAAGAUUCAUGUCAGGCUCGUGAGAGAGCUUGAGAAAAAAUUCAGUGGGAAGGAUGUGAUUCUGAUUGCAACUCGGCGGAUAAUGAGACCUCCAAAGAAAGGUUCAUCUGUACAGCGGCCCCGCAGCCGAACACUCACUGCAGUGCAUGAUGCGAUGCUUGAGGACAUCGUUGUGCCUGCUGAGAUUGUUGGGAAACGAGUUAGAUACUGCCUUGAUGGAUCCAAGAUUAUGAAGGUAUUUUUGGACCCCAAGGAGAGAAACAACACCGAGUACAAACUGGGAACUUAUGCUUCGGUAUACAGGAAGCUUUCAGGCAAAGAGGUGGUAUUUGAAUACCCUGUGAUAGAGGCUUAAAGCUUAGGAAGCACUGCCUUUUUUACAUUUAGUUAAUCAAUUCUUUCCCACCUGCAAUGAAGUAACUUCAAUUAGUUUGGUC